AUGGCAAGUGAAACGGUACAGUCCUCGGCAGAGGUCUCCCGGGACCGCGUUUCUCUGAGCAUCCUAGGAAAUUGGGGGCGGGGGGAGCGCACACAGAAAGCUGAGAUACCGAGCUUUAGCUCGGAGAUUGCCAAGGGAUGGGUGGAGCCGGGAGAGAAGGUAUCCAUCCAGGCAGGGGCAGAGGAGCACAAAGUCAUUAUCGUGGGACUGGACAAUGCAGGGAAGACCACCAUUCUCUACCAGUUCCUGACCAAUGAGGUUGUUCACACCUGCUCCACCAUUGGGAGCAACGUGGAAGAAAUUGUUCUUCAGAAGACUCACUUCCUCAUGUGGGACCUAGGGGGCCAGGAGGCGCUGCGCUCCACCUGGGACACUUACUACUCUAAUGCUGAGUUUGUCAUCCUUGUGAUAGACAGCACAGACCGGAAUCGGCUGCUCACCACCCGGGAGGAGCUGUAUAAGAUGCUGGCCCAUGAGGCACUUCAAGAUGCUUCAGUGCUGAUCUUUGCCAACAAGCAGGAUGUGAAAGACUCCAUGACCACAGCAGAGAUCUCCCAGUUUCUCACACUCAUUGCCAUCAAAGACCACCCGUGGCAUAUCCAGGGCUGCUGUGCUCUCACAGGAGAAGGGCUGCCAGCUGGGCUCCAGUGGAUGCAAGCUCAGGCCACCGCCAACUGAUGUCCUAGCCUGAGGCCAACCAGAAACCGAAUGACUAGCACCAGUGAGAAACACCAGUCAUUUGUUGGUGGAAAGAGGGUGGCUAUGGACAAAAAGAUUACUACAGUCCUCUCAACUGUCACUGAGAGCUGGAUCAAAGACUUCAAGUUGGUGCAGACAAGACUACAGAUGAAGCUGUCUGCCCACUCCAUCACUGCUGGUGUGAAGAGAGACACCAGGGAACUUACUGCGGGGUGUUGGGGGCACCAGGUCUCUCCCAGUCCUCACCUGUCUUCUCGGCAAGCAAGAGAUAUUUGACAUUUCCCCCUAUCCACUGGACGAAGGAGAUUCCGAUAAAGGAGGCAAUAGGACCCGGUCAAAAGCUGGGGGCAUGGGGGUGGGGGUGGGAGGUGGAGAGUUGAUGAAUGGGAGGACAGAACAUUCCAGACUGACGCAGUCCCUUACACUGCAGGGUUCCAAGUCCCUCCACCCCCACCCGUUCGCUUUCCUGCUCACUGCUCCCUCUUAGGUGCUAACUCCAGGACCACAGUUUUUGGGUUCUAAGUCACCACGUGGAAUCUCCUUCUCUCUUAGCGUCCCUCCAGUGUGAAUCCUACUCCUCUAAAAUGUCAAAGAUCUAUAGGACCUACUUAUUUUGUCUUUGUGUCAUGAUUUUUUUUUUAAACAUCGCAUUAUGAUUUUAAAAUUAAAGAUACACAGUAGGUGUCCCUGAAAA